AUGAGUUUGAACAUUUCCAUCCCACUGCUACUCACCGUCUAUAUCGUCACCUUCGUGAUCGGCCUCCCGUCCAACCUCCUGGCCUUCUACACCUUCCUGGUGAAGGUCCGCCAGAAACCCGCCCCUGUCGACAUCCUUCUGCUCAACCUCACCGUCUCCGACAUCUUGCUCCUCAUCUUCCUCCCCUUCAAGAUGCUGGAAGCCGCCUCCGGCAUGGCAUGGCGCUUGCCGCCUUCCCUCUGCCCACUCACCAGCUUCAUCUACUACAGCAGCAUCUACAUCAGCUCCCUCUUCCUCAUGGCCAUCAGCGUUGAGCGCUACUUGGGGGUGGCCUUCCCCAUCAAGUACAAGCUCUGGCGCCGACCAGCCUAUGCCAUCGCCGCCUCCGUGAUCUUCUGGGUGGUGGCCUGCAGCCACUGCAGCAUCUUCUACAUUCUCCAGUACCAUGACCAGAGCCCCAAUGGCACCGUGGCAGCACACGAGUCUCACUGCUCCGAACAUUUCUCCCCUACGCAGCUCCAGGUCCUCCUCUGUGUCCAGCUGGAAUUCUUUAUUGUGCUCUUCUGCCUGCCCUUCAUUGUUACCGUCUUCUGCUACGUCAACUUUGUCCGCAUCCUGGUGGCCUUGCCCAACAUCCUGGCCCGGAAGAAGCAGCGCGCCGUGGGCCUGGUUGUGGCCACCUUGUUCAACUUCAUAAUCUGUUUUGCCCCUUACAACCUGUCCCAUGUGGUGGGCUUUGUCCAGAACGACAGCCCCCCCUGGAAGGUGUACGCUCUUCUUCUCAGCACCCUCAAUACCUGCUUGGACCCUGCCAUCUUCUACUUCUCCUCCACCAUUGUCCAAUGGUCCAUAACCAACUGCCUGGCCAGCCUGAGGCACAAACUCAGCACCCUCAUGGCCCGGUGCCAUCUCCCCUGCUUGACUUGCUGUGGGGAAGGAGGCAGCCAGGUGGAGGCAGCCAGUGGGGACAAAGCCACCAUUCCAGAGGACAUAUUCAAUGCUGCUGAUGCUUAUUAA